AGAGAGAAAACAGGGAGGGGGAAAGAGACUCGGGGUUUUUCGUUAAGUCUUGGGUUUUCUGUUAUUACUUUGUUCAUGGCCAUCUUUAUGCACAUCUUAAUAAAUUUCUGAUUUUUACUCUGUAAGUUUCCUGAAAAUUCUCCCCAAAAAAAAAAUUGAAGAAAAGGGCAUCUGUGUUUUUUUUUUUUUUUUGUUUAUUAUUUUCUGAAAAAAGAUUAGAAAUAAAAAGGUUAACAUAGAUACGGAAUUCAGAGAGUCUGUCUGGGACUGAUCUCUUACAUCCCAACCCAAAAUGCUACUUAUUAUUAUCUGAUUUCUUUGUGGAAAAGAUUAGUACAUGCCAGAUUUGAGCUGUUUUUUGUUCCCAAGUUUGCUUUGAUCUGGAGUUGUGUUGUAGGUGUGUGAUGGAUGAUCAAGAUUUGAAGUUCAUGUGCAAGCUGUGUAAGAAGAAGUAUCCAUGUGGGAAGUCACUGGGGGGUCACAUGAGGUCUCAUGUGAAUGUGAUUCCAACUUCUUCAUCAUCUGAGUUAGAUGAGAUGAAAAAGAUGGCAUCUUUGAAGAUGCAGGCAAGAUUUGAGCUUGGUGGGAAUUCUGGGUAUGGCUUAAGAGAGAACCCUAGGAAGACAUGGAGGGCAACAGGCUCCAACCUCUCUGUGCCCCAAGAAAAGGUGUGUAAGCAAUGUGGGAAAGUUUUCCAGUCCAUCAAAGCACUGUGUGGCCACAUGGCUUGCCACUCAGAGAAAGAGAAGGGUGGUGGGUUGAAGGAUGAGCAUUCUUGGACUAGUGAGAGCAAGAAGGUUAUGGUGAUGGAUAGCAAUUCUGACACAGAGGCAGAGGACCUGAGGAACAAAUCAUCUUCUGCAAGGCCUAAGAGGUACAAGAAAAUUGUCCACACUUGUUCAUUUACUUUGCCUAAUCAUGUUGUUAAUACUGGGUCUGAGAUGUUUGAGCAAGAUCAACAGGAAGUAGCCAAGUGUCUGAUGAUGUUGUCUAGGGAUUCUGGGAACUGGGAUGGUGUUAGUUCAUUUAUGGAGUCUUCUGAUAAUAACUCUGUGGUUUUAGAGACUAAAUCAUCUUCUAUUGACAUGAAAACUCCUAAAAUGGAUGCCUCCAAUAGAAAUGAAUCACCCAAAACCAGGAAAAUCAAAGGUAUUGCAGAUGCUGAGGUUAUAGAGUCUGAGAAUUCUGAUUCCAUGUACUUCUUAGGUGAAAAUAAGACAGCCGAAUCAGAUGUUUCUGUUGAUGGAUUCCACAGAUUCGAGUCUAGGAUUAGUGUUGAAACUAGACGUGACGGUUCUAUUGCUGAAAAGGACCAUUUGAAGGUCAUGAAUAGAAUCAAAGGGUAUAUAAAGUCAAGAUCAGGAUCAAAGGACUACGAUUAUCGUGAUUUUGGAGUGGCUUCAAAUGCAGGGAAGCAUGAUUCAAGAAAGAAAAGCAAAGAUAGCUCUUAUGAUCCUGAAUACAAAACGGGUUCCUAUAAGAAGAUAAGGCUCAGUUUCUCUGAUACUAAGAAGAAGAAGAAGUAUGAGUGUUUGAACUGUAAGAAGAUCUUUAGCUCUUAUCAGGCUCUUGGUGGACAUAGACCGUGCCAUAAAAGAACUCUCGAGUCAAGAUACGAGACUGGUGAGAACCGUCUGGAUGUUGAUACUACCUAUAAUAAUAACAUAAAUGGUGGCAACCAUAGGGAGUCUCUUGGUAGCAGAAAAGCAACUGGUGAAGGUUCAGCUUGCUACUUGGGGACAAAGAUUAAGGCCAAGAACGCAAAGGGCCACGAAUGCCCGUUUUGCCACAGGGUUUUCAAGUCUGGUCAAGCUUUAGGUGGUCAUAAACGGUCACAUUUUAUGGAUGGGGCUGAAGAAAAUAGGCACCGGACUCAAGUUAUCAAAGCAGCAAUACCCGGUUUACUUGAUCUUAAUGUUGUUCCCGUUGAGACUGCAAAUGAUGUGCAGUUCAUGUGGUAAGCAGACAGGUAUUUCUUUAGGAAGCUGCUGGCAUGUACAAACAAGUUGGAGGGCAGAGUUUUCACACCCUGCUGAUUCUUGUUAACACCAAUGAUGUUUGUAAGAUCGAGCCUCUCAAUUUCUCAUACCAUCCCAUUUACAUAUUCUCAUAGAAUAUGCCUAAACUUUUUGCUAAUUAAGUUCAUACAUUUGUUCGGCUCCAAAUGAUAACAUUAUGUCCAAAUUUUCUAUUCCUCCUAUGAUCUAUAUAUAAUCUAUUCUUCUGUUACAGACCCUUAAAGAAAACUUAACUGCUUCUUUUGCCAUUUUUCGCAU